UCAGCGCGUUUUUACCGCAGUAUCUCUGGAUUAGUGCGCGCGCUGCGGCACUCCGCUCAGUUCUCAAACGGGAAGAGCGAGCAAAACCGACCCACCGAGCAGCAGAAACGCGUCCGCUCGCAUCCACCAGCACGAGCCGUUUCACUGCGCUUAUUCCAAGCGGUUAUAAAGGCGGCGCGCACCGGAGACAUGGCCAAAGAGGACGAGAAGAAGGAAACCGGGGAAUGGAAGGAAUUCUUCUGGAACCCGCGGACGCACGAGCUGCUCGGUAGAACGGCGAGCAGCUGGGGUCUGAUUCUGUUGUUCUAUCUGGUCUUCUACACAUUUCUGGCUGGCAUGUUCUGUCUCACCAUGUAUGUGAUGCUGCUGACUCUGGAUGAUUAUCAGCCCACUUGGCAAGACCGUCUGGCUACACCAGGUAUGAUGAUUCGGCCAAAAGGUGAUCAACUAGAAAUCGUUUAUAAUGUGCAGAAAACAGAGAGCUGGGACACAUACGUUCAGGCUCUGGAUAACUUCCUUGCACCCUAUAACGACUCUCAGCAGGUGAUGAAGAACGACGCCUGCAUCCCGGAUCAGUACUUCAUCCAGGAGGACAGCGGAGAGGUGCGCAACAACCCCAAACGCUCCUGCCAGUUCAACCGCACCAUGCUGGAAGAAUGUUCCGGACUCAGCGACCACACGUACGGAUACCAGGACAAAAAACCCUGCGUGCUCAUCAAACUCAACCGGGUGAUUGGGAUGCUGCCAGGUGAGAAAGGAAAGUCUCCGUAUGUCACCUGUCGAGCAAGGAAGGAAGAUUCGGACAAUAUUGGUCCAAUCGCAUACUUCCCUCCAAACGGAUCUUUCAACCUCAUGUACUAUCCGUACUACGGCAAGAGAGCACAGGUGAAUUAUUCUCAGCCCCUGGUGGCGGUGAAGUUCAUGAACCUCACUCUCAACACGGAUGUCAACGUGGAGUGUACGAUCAACUCCAACUCUAACAUCACUCAGUUCAAGAUCAGCGAAAGAGACAAGUUCGCUGGCCGCGUUAUCUUCAAGCUGCGCAUCAACACAAUGUAGAGCAACUGCAUCUGCCACACACACACACACACACACACACACACACACACACACACACACACACAGGAGAUUGUAGGAGUCAUUCAUAUCUCAAAGUGUUCAAUGUAUUCGUCUGUUCCAUUCUCCUGUCUACAUGACGGUCUCUGUGUGCGUGUAUGUGUGUGUGUGUGUGUGUGUGUGCAUGCGCGUGUGUAUCUUUGUAUCUCUGUGUGUUUUGAGUACUCUUGACUGUCGUCAUAUCCAGCUGAUAGCGUUCCAAAGUGAAAUCAAGAGAGCAGGAAAAUAUCAUCUCUACACAUAAUCAUCACGAACAAUCCAGUGAAUUCAGAGAGACCGCAAUCAUCCAAAACCUGCCCAGAAAUUAUAUUUCAUAUGAAGAAAACAUGCUUAACUUUUGUCCCAAAUAUAGGAAAAUAACAUCAUGAUGUGAAAAAUAUAAAAUAGGCUUCAUUGUCUUUAUGCAAAAUAUAAUUUCUUACCUUUAUCUUGUGAUGUCGAGCUAAAAUGUAACCUGGAUUCACUCGUAUAUAAUGGCUUUUACGUGACUGAACUCAUAACAAAUAACACAAAUUAGGUCAAAUCUGGUUUAGGAAAUGUGCAUAUAUGAUGAAUUAACAAAACAGAGGCAUAAAAAUCAUUACAGACUUGAAUCAUCUGUCACAUAUCGCUCUCUUAACCUGAUAUCUGUUUUAUCCAUGUUUGUUUAUUUAUUUCUGAAUUAAGGUACAUUUAUAAUGUUAUUUAUUAUCUGAUUUGUGGUUUUAAUUUUUUAUAUAUACAACAUUUGUGAAGAUACUUUUGUAACACUGUAAUGUUCAUGAACACACCCACACGCACACGCACACACAAGCUUAGUUAAACUCAAACAAUUACGUUCUGCACAUGCUCAGAUUGCACUCGAUGACUGACACAUUAGCCAAUCAGCUUCAAGCUGCGCCAUAUCAUUUCGCCAUUAAUUUGCGAUUAAUUUGCAUAUUUACUAAAUUUCGUCCAGAGUGGUACGACCCAUCUUUCCAAAUGUGCACACAGCAAUACCUUCUGGACUUGUAAAUAAUACAAAAUCUGAGGUAGUUAACGAAGAGAGUAGUUGCGAAGAAAAAAUUAAGAUAAAAAUUUGCCAAUCCAAUACUACUAACGUAGAUGAAUGAACAAAUGUGUUUUCUUCCCAAAAAGUGUUUUUUAACUUAUUUGUUGUUGAGCACAUCUUGGGUUAGCGCCCGUUAGCACAGCGGAAAUAUGACGCAAACAUUAAUUUCAUAUAUUUCUUGAAUUUUUAGUUAGUUUCUUCCUAGCUUUGGUAGAAUCUUAGAUUUUUUUAUCAUGUGAUUUAACAUUUGGGUGUUCAAGUUGAAUGGACAAGUCAGACUCCUGAUUUGUGAGCGAGACAUUAGUGUAGUGCUUAUUAGCGAACCACUCUGCCGUCGAUGGCGCGGUUUUUUUUCUUACGUGUUUCUCAUAAUCCUAUAUUUUGCCCCCACUAGUGAAUGUGCCGCUCUACUGAGUUACUGCCAGAGUGUUGUGCGUUUGAAACAUUGGAGGGUGUGUGUUAGAAAAGUGUGGGGGAAAAAAGAGCCAAACGUGGCCAAACUUUCAAAUUAACGUCACUAGUCCAUCCGUCACACAUCAGCGCAGAACUUACUGCCUGAUGUUGGGAUCGGUUCAAUGUUUACACAGAGCAGUGACUAAUGACUAGAUUAGCCACGUGCUAAACUUACCCUGCCUGGCGUACGUUUACUAAGAUCUACUUCACGUGUGCUGCCUGACCGCUUUACAUCAUGAGAUAGAUUUUAUAUGUUUUUAAGAUACGGUAAAUCAAAUUAUUGCACAUUCUUUCCGACUUCUGAACUUUAGACGCAGCAGCGAUGCGUAUCAGCAAGUCGCUGCACCGAAAGUUUGUACACCGCGAGUGUAGAUCAUGCACAUUAUUCAUACGUUUUAUUCAUUUCCAUUAGACAAAAAAUUUAAGCAGACAGGAAUUUGGGACAUCAUCACCAUGGGAACAGUGAAUGAAAUCACCAGUGAUCUCACGUGCUAUGUCGUGGUCGCAGUUACUGUUGCUUUGCGUGAUUUUCUGUGCGAUCGGGUGUUGCAUGUGAGAGUGAAAACGUUCCCAUGCUGACCAACAGAAAGCUAUGGACGCCUAUUUCUA